AUGCUGUAUUGUAAAAGGCUUACCCAUCAUCAAUACAAACAUCAAACAAACACUACCACUACAACAAUCAAGAAAAUGAAAUCAUCAAUCACAUUCAUAUUCAUAGUAGCCAUCGGCUACGCCGUGGCCCAUUCAUCAUCAUCAUACGACGAUGGUUGGUACGGUAAUGGAGGAGGUGGUGGUGGUGGUGGUGGUGGCGGUGGCGGUGGCUAUGGUGGUUGCAGUGGUGGUGACUGUGACAGUUAUGGUGGUGACGGCGGCUAUGGAGGAGGUUGCAGUGGAGGUGACUGCGGGUACGGUGGUGGCGGUGGUGGUGGUGGCGGUGGCGGUUGUAGUGGUGACGAUUGUGGUGGUUACGGUGGUAGUUAUAAUGGUGGAUGCAGCGGUGGAUCUUGUGGAGGAGGCAGUGGCAGGUACAGCGGCGGUGGUAGGAGUAAGGGAAAAGGUGGAAAAGGUGGCAAAGGCAGUUUCAGAUACAACCAAUAUUUCUAAGGCACCAAUUACAUUGUGGAUCAUUCUACUGUGCCUAUGUCACAAUAUUCACUGUUCUCUUCUUCUACACAAUACUCAAUUCAACUCAAUGUAAUGUAGUUGUGUUUGAAUUUGAGAAAAAUAAAACUCAUCAAUUAU